AUGGUAUCCCCAAUACUGACGCGCGGUCUCGUGACAGAUGAGGGAGAGGUUGACCAGAAGGACUGGGCACAGGCCGAACCCCAGCGAGACGUACACACCCCGCCGCCCAGCCCUCCGAGCCCGUCCUUCGCUCCGGUAGGGCGUCCGCUGGUGAAGAAGCGGUUCCGGAACCAAAUACCCAACCCGCUGAAGCUCGACGUGCCCCGAAGUACAUCGUUAUCCUCCUCGCUUCACAACAGUUACUCCAGGGCGGUGGUCUCGCGCAUCGACCGUGCCGACAACUCCAAGUUCAUAGAACAGUUCCGAUACACCAUCAUCGCCUCCCAGCUAUUGACCGGACAUUCGGCUCUCGGAGUGCAACACCGGCCGUCAACACAAGAUGGAUCCGCAAAAGCUGGGGAACACGAUGCGCUGGCCCCGACUACGGCCGGCCUGAUGGUCGCUGCGGCAGCUGCGGUGGCGCUCGCGUGGGUGAUCAGCUGGGUGUAUAUGGGAGGGUAUUCGUACCUCACCAAGAAACGAGUCUUUGUUGUGCUUGGGCUGCUGGUGGCAGUCUCCGUUCUUGGGCACGCCUACAUUCGGCAACAGUGGCUGCGUUACAUCAGGAGCCAGGCUCUGAAUGAAGUGACCAACUUUGUUACCAGGUCACAAGACUUCGACAGUGCAACCAGCGCCGCUGUGGGGUUGAUCCAGGAGGUCGAGCUGGUUUCGCGAGGUUACAGACUCAGCACGCCUCUUCCGCCCGUCAGCCGGAUCGACGAUCGCAGCCAGUCCCGCCGCUGCAACCGUCUGCGAAAGGUCGUCAAGAAGAGCUUCUCCGAUCUGGUUCAGAAGUACACACACACUUCUACCGUGGUUAAGAGCUUCUCGGAACAACUAGACCUGGAGAAGUAUUAUGACAUCUACGACAUCAGCGAUUUCGACAUGUCGGAUGCCAUGCAGGGGUUCUCAGACAGCGAGUUUGAAGACCCGGAGUCGCUGCGCACCCUGAAAGUUGUCGCCGCCCGGUUCCACACGCUGCGUAAGAUGUUCUUGUGUGCCAUACUUGCAUUGGAAGCGCACGGCGACAACUCGGACUUCCUGCGAUGGACGACGGCCGUUGAGGCGCUGCGGAGCUUGAGUACCGUCACUGGGGAGAAUUACGAACGCAUAAGGACGAUUCUCAGCGAAGAGGAGACCUUCCCGAGUGUUCCAACUCCUAAAAUGCCCCUCUCUCCAGGCCGCGAGAGGUGGCGAUCGUCACUCCGAAAGCUAGAUUCCCUCUCGACGGGGAUCCGCGGUCUGCAAGCAAAGUUGGUUCUUCUCAGGGAAGAAUCGAGCAAGACUUUGAACGAAGCGGAUGAUGUCUCCGAGCUAGGGCCGAACCUGAUGGCGCAGUAUGAUUCCAUCGGGCAAGACCUCAAGAUCCUGACGCAAGCUUGGGAGGAAGGCAAGGCGGCACUAGCCUCUGGCAUCGACCGCAACGAGAAGCGGCUCUCUUCUAUAAGCAGCGUACUUUCGCCGUCGACUUCCCUCAGUGGCAUCACGACUGUGGACGAGGGCGGAGUCAGCGAUGCGCUUAAGGCCUUGAAUGGCGGCUCCCCUUCGAGCAGCGCGAUGAGCAGCCCGACGCCGGAGGUGGAGGAAGUCUUUGAGGCUAUCGCCAUGCCCAGUCGGCCAAAAACCAUGCUCAGCCGAGAGGAGCGCCUCGUCAGGAUGAGAGAAGACCGCGAGAAACGUGCUGAAGUCAGGGAGCGUUCCGAGGCCAACAAGGGCAUGCUGCGCGAGCUUGAAAUGGUCAUCAACCUUCGACCUAAGCCGCCUACCCGGGUCAACAACGCACCCGCCUCGGGACGGGUCUCGUUAUGA